ACGUUGUGCAAAGACCAUUUGACGUAAAGAAAUUAACUGGGGGCGGGAAGUCCAAGAUCCUGAUCUUGCAACGAAUUCUCCCCUGGCGCUUAUUGCAGAAUUGAGGCUCAAGUGCAGCUUUGCUCUUCCUCAAAAGAAGCCCGCUGGUUUCGGUCUGGCCUGCGGAUGACGCUGCCUGUCUGCACCGACAGUGGGGUUAAAUCUACAUUUGUUCUGGAAAGCUAUCAGUCUUGCCACUGUGUUUGGUGUCAUGGUUGCUUGCACAUAUUUAGAUAGUAUCUGUCAGAAUACCUGCUGAAUAUGGCCCUGAUGGAGACCAGUGCCACCUGAGAGGCACUUUCUUCUCAACCAGAAUCUCACUAAUAACAGAAGGCUGAGAGUGGUAUAUCAGUCACUAUGUAUAUUGGUUUUGCACUCCUGAAGUAAACAUGAUGAAAACAGAGUCUUCAGGAGAAAGGUCAACCCUCCGAAGUGCCUCUCCUCACAGGAAUGCUUACAGAACUGAGUUCCAGGCACUAAAAAGCACCUUUGACAAACCUAAAUCAGAUGGAGACCAAAAAACGAAAGAUGAAGGAGAGGUCUCUCAGCAGAGCAGGGGGAGGAAAUAUGGCUCAAACGUCAACAGGAUUAAAAACUUAUUUAUGCAGAUGGGCAUGGAGCCCAGCGAGAGCACUGGAGUUACCCCUAAAACCAGAGGGAAAAGUGGUCCCCUGUCUCCUCAAAGAAUUAGACCCAAAGAAUUUGUGGAGAAGGCAGAUGGCUCAGUUGUAAAACUAGAGUCUUCAGUUUCAGAAAGGAUUAGUAGGUUUGAUACUGUGCAUGGUGGUCCUUUCUAUUCCAAGUUUACUGAAACUCGAAAGAUGUUUGAACGAAAUGUUCAUGAAAUGGGACAUUCCAAUCGCUAUUCCCCAAAGAAAGAGCCAGUAGUUUCCAAUGAACUCCAAGAUGAGUGGUGCAGCUCUAAGUCUAAUAGAGGCAGUACUGAUUCAUUGGACAGUCUUAGCUCAAGGACAGAGACCAUCUCUCCAACAGUGAGUCAGCUCAGUGCAGUGUUUGAAAACACUGAUUCACAUACUGUAAUAGUUUUAGAAAAGUCAGAAAACAAUGAAGAAUACUCUGUAACUGGUCACUACCCACUAAACCUGUCAUCUACUGUUGAAAAUCUGUCCUCCACUGUUGCAAACCUUGAUGGAUUCAGUCCCUUAAAAGAUGCUAGUGCCUGGUCUUCACCAGCCAAACAAACUACAAGUUCCGUAUCUGCUGAGACCUUUCAGCAAAACAGUACGUCUUCAACAAUAAGAGAAGCUUCUAAUAGCACUUUGCCAGUAUCAAAAACAAAUGAAGAAAUAAGGAAGAAUAAGGAAGCAAGUUUUGAUCCUGUUGAUGUUUGUGCAGCAACUAAACAAGAAUUGGCCAGCAUUAACAGCGAAAAGCGUGAAGAAUCCUAUACCAGGACUAAGGAAAAAAUAGAUACAGAAGUUUCUUUACAACAAAAAGAACAUUCACAAAAUGCAGAGAGCGCCUGUGUUGGCACUGGAGCUGCAGACAUACCAAGAAACUUGGUAGCAGGUGGUGAUUUUGCAGCAGAUGUAGCUUCAGAUGCUACUGAAUCCCCCUAUGAUGAUGCCAGUGGAAAGGAAGUCCAGGAAGACUUGAAUAACUUUCAGAGUUCACAUGUAUAUAUGCACUCUGACUAUAACGUCUACAGGGUGCGAUCAAGGUAUAAUUCUGACUGGGGAGAGACAGGAACAGAACAGGAUGAUCAAGAUGACAGUGAUGAAAACAACUAUUAUGAACCUGAUAUGGAAUAUGCUGAAGUUAUUGGAUUGCCGGCUGAAGAUGAAAUCCCAGCAAACAGAAGAAUUAAGUUUAGCAGUGCUCCAAUUAAGGUUUUCAACACAUACUCCAAUGAAGACUAUGACCGGAGAAAUGAUGAAGUUGACCCAGUGGCUGCAUCAGCUGAAUAUGAACUUGAAAAGCGCGUGGAAAAGCUAGAGCUUUUUCCAGUGGAACUAGGAAAAGAUGAAGAUGGACUUGGCAUCAGUAUUAUUGGAAUGGGAGUUGGAGCAGAUGCAGGCCUUGAAAAACUGGGAAUAUUUGUCAAAACAGUAACAGAAGGUGGGGCAGCCGAAAGAGAUGGCAGGAUCCAAGUAAAUGACCAAAUUGUAGAAGUGGAUGGAAUCAGUCUGGUUGGCGUUACACAAAAUUUUGCUGCAACAGUUCUCAGAAACACCAAAGGAAAUGUCAGGUUUGUAAUUGGACGAGAAAAGCCAGGACAAGUAAGUGAGGUUGCUCAGCUGAUUAGCCAGACCCUAGAACAAGAGCGUCGCCAGAGAGAGCUCCUGGAACAGCAUUAUGCGCAGUAUGAUGCAGAUGAUGAUGAGACAGGAGAAUAUGCUACGGAUGAAGAAGAUGAAGACAUGGGACCUAUCGUUCCAGGAGCUGACAUGGCCAUUGAAGUGUUUGAUCUUCCUGAGAAUGAUGACAUGUUUUCACCAACCGAGCUGGACACCACUAAGCUUGCUCACAAAUUCAAAGAGUUGCAAAUCAAACAUGCAGUUACAGAGGCUGAGAUUCAAAAGCUGAAGACAAAGCUACAGGCUGCAGAGAAUGAGAAAGUGAGAUGGGAACGGGAGAAGACCCAGCUCCAACAGAACAUUGAGGAGAAUAAGGAAAGGAUGAUGAAACUAGAGAGCUACUGGAUUGAGGCCCAAACCCUGUGUCACACUGUGAAUGAACACCUCAAAGAGACUCAAAGCCAGUAUCAGGCUUUGGAGAAGAAAUAUAACAAAGCAAAGAAAUUGAUCAAGGACUUUCAGCAAAAAGAACUUGACUUCAUCAAACGCCAGGAAGCUGAGCGAAAGAAAAUAGAAGAACUGGAGAAAGCGCACCUUGCAGAGGUGCAAGGCUUACAAGCUCGCAUUAGAGACUUGGAAGCUGAAGUUUUCAAGCUGUUGAAGCAAAAUGGGAGCCAGGUUAACAAUAACAACAACAUUUUUGAAAGGCAAACGUCUUUUGGAGAAGUUUCCAGAGGAGAUCCAGUGGAGAGCCUAGACGUAGAGCAAGUGUCUUGCCUGGACGACUUAAGUCAAGAAGGAGCUGUUAAGGGUGGAGAUCCUGAUGAUGUCUUUGAUUUCAAUGAAGCAGUCCCAGAAACAGAGAGGCUGGACUCCAAAGCACUGAAAACUCGAGCCCAGCUUUCAGUAAGGAACAAACGGCAGAGACCUACUAGAACAAGGCUCUAUGACAGUAUCAGUUCAACUGAUGGAGAGGACAGCCUUGAACGAAAGCCUUCAGACAGUUACAGUAGUCCCAUGCACAUUUCAAAAUCACUUCUGCCCAUAUGUGUGAGAGCAUCCUCACCAGCAUCAGAUUCUGGUGCUUCCUCCCUCUCCCCAGUGGCUAGCAGUGCAGCCUUCUCAUUUGACAACGUAGCUGAAAACCAAGAAGGAGGGCAGCAGCACAAAGGAGGUGUGCUUUCCCAUUAUGCUCGGGGAGAUACUCCACUUUCCUCUCCUUCAAAAUCCAGUCACGGUUCUGAAACAUCUCCUUUGCAUCAUCCAACCAACAGGAAUGUUUUACAAGACAAAGAUAUCCUGUGUGGUCACACAGGUCCCCAGUCAUCAAGAGCAACCAGCCCUACUAUGGGGCAGGCAGAAAAAAUAAAGCGAAAGCUUGUGGAUCUUGGGGCUCCCUUGAGAAGGAGUUCCCACAAGGGCAAGAAAUGCAGAGAGAGAGAAGUCAUUAGAGUGGCCUGUGGCACCAGGACCACUCGAGAGAUGCUGGAGAGCUCAGCAAGCAAUGCAUCUAUGUCAGAGCGAUCCUCCUCUCUCCCCUAUAGCAUACCAUUCACAUGGUAUGGAGGGAGUGGCAGGGGAUCCAAUUCUUCCAGCAACCUGCCUUCAUCUAGCAGCUCAACUGAACCGUCCUCUGAAAAUCUAAGUCCAGCUAAAAAAGGGUCCAAGAAUUUCACAUUCACUGAUGACUUCAGUCCCAGCAGCACAAGCUCAGCUGAUCUGAGUGGUUUAGGAGCAGAACCGAAACCCCCUGGUUUCUCUCAUUCCUUAGCAUUAUCAUCAGAUGAGAGCCUGGAUAUGAUUGAUGAUGAGAUCCUUGAUGAUGGACAGUCUCCUAAACACAGUCAGUGUCAGAAUCGUGCUGUCCAGGAAUGGAGCAUACAGCAAGUUUCCCACUGGUUAAUGAGCCUCAACUUUGAACAGUAUGUUUCUGAAUUCACCGCCCAAAACAUUAAUGGAGAGCAUCUCCUUCAGCUGGAUGGGAGUAAGCUUAAGACCCUUGGUAUGACAUCUUCCCAGGACAGAGCAAUCAUUAAAAAAAAGCUAAAGGAAAUGAAAGUGUCCAUCGAGAGAGCUCGAAAAGCUCAAGAAAAAAUGGAAAAGCAAAGGGAAAAGCUUAGGAAGAAAGAACAGGAGCGGCUUCAAAGGAAGUCAAAGAAACUAGACAAGUCUUCAUCAGAUGCAACAGAGGGCGCUAAUGAGCAAUGAUGAGCCAGAACUACUAUUAUGUUAGUUAAUGUGGAGAUGAUUCAGGCAAAGAAACUCAAGUUGUCUACAGUACCCCUCCCAUUUUCUUGUGGUCAUUACACAGGAAUAUGUACACAAAUAUGAUGCUAUAAAUAGAACAAAUAGGGAAGUUUAUAUUGUUUGGCUACAUUUUCCUGCAGUUACAAUACAUGCUCUUAUUUUUGAUCUGCUGAACAAUCCAAAACCAUUAUUUUAUUUUAUUUGUUGUUGUUAUUUGCAAGCCAGGUAUCCUAUUUUGGAGAAACAUUGAGGGGUUUUCCUUUCAAACUGCUAUUUUGUAUUGGGCUGGUUGUUUUUGGUCACAUUGGUAACCAGUGUGACAAAGAGGGAUGUGGUUCAUUGCAUCACAACCACAUUUUGAACAGGAUCCCUAGUGGUAGAUUGCAAUGAUCAGUGGAGAUUUUUGAAUUUGGGAAACUGGAGUAGUUCUCACAUCUGUUACCAUUGACUCAUCUUUGUAACUGGAAUCUCAGCUCUUUUACACGAUUCUGAUAUUUAGUUCUAUCUGCUGGAACAGGCUACAGCUCGCAUCAGUACCUUGAAAUGCCACUGUUUUGCAAACUCAGUUGUUCAGUGACUUGUAAUUAUAUGCUGGAGAUAAGGACAGGAGAGUCAUUAUCCUUUCUGGGCAAAAGAGGGGAGGUUGACACUCUUGUGAACUGUACAGUAAUUUAAUACGAGAAGGAGGCAAAGCUGCUUUACAAGGGGUUCUGAGGGUAACAUUUAUCCUCCCAAUAUCUGAGCAAGGCUGACUUUCUAACCCUGGCAAAACCGAUAGAUCUUUAGAGUACACUGGUCAUUGUGCUCAUGGGGUGUACAGAUAAACUUUUCUGUAACACGCGAUAAGCUUCCUUUAUAAACAAAUUCUGAAAAAAAAAAACCUGGGUGUUUGGAGGGGGUUGUAUUUUUAAGGAAAAUACCACGUCUUCAGAUUCCGUCUCCACUGAGUGCUGGGGGGCAGUGAGCUUUGUGCUCUGACCUGCAGGGCUGUGAUCUAAUCACAACUGUUGUCUGCUGAAAUGAUCUCCAGAUCUGAGCCUGCUAAAGGCUUUCAGUUUUCAAUGAAGUGCAAUUUAAAAAAAAAGAAAGAAAGCAAGAAAGAAAAUGCUGUUCAAAGAAAAACAAGAUUCACUAAUAUUAAGGCCAACUAAUAUUGGCUGCAAUAUGGAAGAAGACUACUAAAUGCAAAGCUGUCAUGCACUACCUGUUUUAAAUAGAGUGUCCUGAGGACACCCCCCACUAAAAAUUCAGCGUUGAAGCAUACUUUGCAGAAUGUUUGGAAUGCUUAAAAUUGGCUGUUGCGCUACGUACUUCAGAGAUUUCUCGUAUAUAGAUAUGUCUAUUAAUGAAGCAAACAGUAUAAUCUGGCACUAUGUGGUAUUACAGUCUCUUAGCAGCCUCUGUUUAAAUUUUCAUUAUUUCACCAAAUGAAUUGGAGGACAAUGAACAAGCUUGCAUAAUGGGAAGAUGAAGAUAUUACAUUAUUGCUUUAUAGUCAAUGCUUACUGUGUAGUAGCAUUUAUAGGUUAUAGCAACAUCCAUUCCCUUCAAUGCAUUCCAUAGGUAUUGACAUAAGUACUAAUCUCUGUAGUCCGUCAUGCCAGGAGUUAACUCUUGUUUUGUUAGUUAUUGAUGCAAAAUGAAAAACUUGGAGUUUCAGCAGACUGAAAGUUAACUGCACAUGCUGAAUGAUUUUUAAAGGGAUUUUUUUCCCCAUCAUAUAUUUUGACAUUUACCUUUUUUUUUUUUAGCUCUUCUGAAGCUCAGAGUUCUGGAAUGUCUUAUGCUAUGCUCAUGUUAGCUAACAUUUGUCAAAAUUUCAUUUUAAUGAUAAUAGUAUUUUUACCUGUAGAAAGCUCUGUAAAUAGAUACAAUUUAGUUCAUUCCGUAUGAAUCUGACAAAUCUACUUAAGUAAUGGCUUCCUUUUUGUUUCCAAAUCUACUUUCUACAUGUUUCUAGUAUAUAUUUCAUUGAUCUAUAGACAUAAAGUAAUGAAACUGCUGUGAAGGAGACUCUAUUAAAACAGCACUGAUAUUUCUGGUAGGUCUUGGUGUUUCCUAAUGCUGCCAGAGAGAAAAAGAGGAGAAAUAUAAUUGUGGGGAGAAAUCAUCUCUUCAGUUGAAUCUUUCUAUCUCCUUUCUAGGAGACAAAUUAUACUACAGUGUCAUUGCGACCUGGUGAAACUAAUGCUCAGUUAUUUUAGGAGCUUAUGAAGUUAUAUUUAGGUAAGAGAAAGUUAUCUGGAAGAGACUGGAAAUGUACUAUUUUAAAUACAAUGUUGAUUAAUGCAUUAGAUGAUUAUUUUCUCCUUAAGUUAUGUUUACAUGAUGGUAAUGUUUUACGUGGUUGUGCAUAAUAGACUGUGGGCGUGUUCCUAUUUAUGUUCUUUGUUUUCUUAAAAGCCCAAGGCAGACUGUGUGUGUUAUGCAUUGAUUUUUCAUUCUUGCUCUUUAGAGCAGCGUCUAGUUAACCUCGUUGUAAAUCAGGUUCUGAUUCUGCAGAUAGCUAAUUUGAUUUAUGUGCUAGUAAUUAUUGUUUUUACUGUUUUAUAGAAACUUUAGAGCUAAAUGGUGAAUUUAAACUUUUUGUAAUUAUUUGAGUUUAAAAUCUAACUUUAAAAAAUAGAUUUAAUCAGUUAAAAAUAAAAGUAUAAAAUGCAAAGUCACUAUUGAAAACAAAGUGGACCAAGCAGUGUCUGAGUUCUGCUCUGCCUUCUAUGAUAAGGUAUAUUUGAAGAUUCCUUUUUAUUAACGAUAGUCAUUGAUGUAUGACACACACACAGUCAUGUCACAGUCACAGUGGUUUGUGACCAAUACAGUUUGAGUGGUUUCGACAAAACCAUAAAAAGUUUGUCACAAUUUUUCUUUCCCGUAUUGAGACAUGAUAUGCAUUUGCCCAUUAUAUAGCUAAUUAAAAACUCAGAAUACCUUUAACCACUUCACUGUAAGCGUCCCCUAAGAACAAUGCUAGUUUGGAAUAGUGUGUUACCACUAUCGUAAGAAGGAAGAGAAUGGACAAAUGUCCUGUACUGAAUGAAUAGAUGAAUCUUCUGCUCCCAGCCUAGCUGGCAGGGUAUCUUACACAAAUGUGACUCUAAUAAGCUACUUCUGUGGCUUCCUGAUCCCUGGACAGCCAGUCACCAGUCCCAGUGAGGAUUUUAGAGCAGUCUCAGGUAUUCUGUAAGGUGUGCUAGCUUCCUAGGGGCUAUUCUGCAGCCUGGUGUCCCUGGAGCACAUCUACACUCUGGCCAUAUUCUUUCUAAUCCAGCCAUACAGCCUAUCCCAGAUGUACCCCAGUUAGUUAUUCUCCUAUGCUGGUGCACUCACAGCUAACUGGUUAGGUAACGUUCACCCAGUUUUGUAUGUGGUAACUGAGUUCUGGAUCUGCUAGUGCCAAUAGGUUAGGCAGCCCUAGUUUAUGUACCUAUGCACAUCUUCUAGCUGUGAAAAGACUGUGAAAAAGUGAAUGAAGGAGGCAGAGAGUGGGAUUUUUCAGAUGUAGGAAAUAGAAGAUGCAAAGGUGCUCUCAUAAUUUUAGCCCCAGAAAAGCCAGUGUCUGCACUGAAAUCCAGCAGUAGCAUUGAAACCGUUCUGGAGCAAAAGGCCAUGGUUUGUUCUGUACAAACUGCCAAAUAUGUAUGGGUCUCAUUCCCCAUUGCCUGGUACCUUGUGGAGCCAUUUGCAUCUGGGCAAGUGAGUGCUAAAGCUGUCAUUCUGAUUAGGUGGUGUUGGACUCCCACUGUGUACCAGUGUAAAUGAUUACACCAAGUGCAAAGCAAUGAGGAGCUCAGCCCAUUUAAUGUUGCAUAAUGCAGAUUAGUAUUAUCCACCGGUUUCUGUAUUUCAUCUGCCUGCCUUAGCAGAGCUAAUGAUGUUUAUGUACAUAAAGCCCAUCACUAUUAAUGGAGUAAAACUAAAUAAUGAAGCAAAAAAGUAACAAAAGCUGUACAGAGCUGGGUUAUGUUUAUAUAUCAGCUUGGGUAGGUGCUUUUAUGUCAGUAACCAUUUAUUGUCCCAUGAUGGAGCUGAGACAAUGCUGCAUUUCUAAGCAAGAGUGUUCACAGGAUCUAGAGCAGCAUUUCCCAGAAGCCACAUCAGUCCUCAACUCCCAUUGAUGUUAGUGGGAAUUCAGGAUGUUUAUCAUCUGGCAGCCUCAGGUCUCAGCACGUCCACUAUGCGUACAAGCACCAGCUGCCAUCCAUGCAACUCAUCAGCAAUUGCUGUUUAGAGCACACACAGUUGAGACAAGCAACCAGAGACAAUGAUGCCCCACCACAGAAGCUCAUCUGCUGAUGUGUUCCUUUUGAAAUCAAAGAAGGCAUAGGCAGCAGUAUCAUGUUGUGUAUGUGGGGCUGGAAUAUACUGUUCUAGUCUAGUAGCCUGUGCUAUGGAACUGAAAAUCAGAAGGAAAGUUUUAUGUUUGCAUAGCCGUAUUUCUUUAAAAAGUAUCUUAAAGAGCGAUUUGUACAGGGUGCCAGAUCUGAAAUUUAAGGACCGUUUUCAAAAACAAGGUUUGUGUGUCAAUUCCUUAGCCGUGUUUUCAAAUGGAUAGAAAAAUUUUGUGUCUGAGAGGGAGACAAGCAAAAUGAUGUUGUUUUGGGACCUAAUCCUGUUCCCACUGGAGUUUUGUCAUUGAGUUCAGUGGGGGCAGGAUUGAGCCUUUUAAUAGCACUUGCUUAGUCCUGUGCUGUACCUCAGCUAGAGAGCAGGCAAACUGGUUUAUAGCUUUUGUUCUGUAAGCUUUCAAAUCUCAGAAAAUCCGUAAUUUGGUCCAAAACGCUGAAAAAUAGAAAGUUGGUUCUAGACAGCACAUAUGUGAGCAACUUGGAUGUCUUUAACAGUUCAAAUGAAAGGGGCAGAGUUCACUGAGAAUUUUUUUAUCAAUGAUUCAGAAUAAUGAAAGAAAUUAGCAUUUCUAGAAAUGAAAAUGAUUAAGUGAUGGGGCUUGUGGUUUGCUUUUUAACAAAUACUUUUGCAUUUCUGUGUGUACGUAAACAUACACAAACUUACACACUGUAUUGAAGAGAUUAGUAACAGUUAAUAUGUAGGUAAUUGUGAGUUUUCGGGCUACAUGCACAUAAGACACACAUCAAGGGUUCUGAUAACAUCAUAAGAGCAAAGCUCUAGCAGUUUGUACCAGUUGUAUAAUAACUCCGAUGUGUUUUUAGCCUCACUCACAGUUUUCAUGUUAUGUUUUAUAUACUUGAUGAAUCACAAGAUUUUAAACAAAAAAAUUUAUUAAAACCAUAUACAGACUGUUCCUCUGUACAUUCCUCUGCAUGUUGUCCUUGUAUUCUUUUGGCAGGAUAGAAUUAGUAUUACAAGAAGAAAAACUUUUUGUACAUUUUGUAAACUUAGCUUAGAUGUCUGUUGGAGAGCUUUGAGCAGUUGAUUAUGGGGCAGGAUUGUGAUGUCAGAAGUGACUCAUCCAGUCACCACACAAUUAGCUAUACAUCAGGUGCAUGUUGCACAGUCCUUUUCAUCAAAGCUCUGUAUAUGUUUUAUUGCAUUUUCGCACAUUUUAAAACUGUCCUAUUUGAAAGCUGUGAGAUCACAGUCAUGAAACUGAGCCGUCAGAUUCCCUCCUGGUCCUAAGACAGGCCUUCUUUCACUACCUGGCAGUGGGACUGGGACUUUUGUUAUAGUCAGUAAAUAAUGACUAAAGGGACAUGUAUGUCUUGUUGGGAGGUUUUGCCUUUAGCUCUUUGUGCUGCUUGUUUCUUUCGGAAAUUGGGACUCUUUAUUAGGCACAAAUCUCCUAAUUUAUCCAGCUUAAUCCUGUGUGGUGUUAAGGGCUUUCAGCACUGUUUGGCUUUGGAGGAAGGUGCUCAGCAUUUUACAGGAUCAGCCCCAAACUGAGCAAAAAAAGGGCCUAAUCCUGCUAUUGUUUUCAGUGUGAGUUUUGCCAUUGACCACAGAGGGAGCAGACGGGGGUGUAAAUGCGGGAAGACUGACAAUAUUGAUGGAGUGUCCAGAAGAAACAAGAAUUACAUGGCACGAAAGACAAUAAGGAACAAAUAAGCCUCCUCAAAUGGAGAUGACAUAGUGCACAGUGAACCUCCCCAAAAUAUAUUUGCUUUCCCUGAUGCAUUUACUGUUAUAACUACUGCUUUUGUAUUUUUCAGUGAUGUUGCACUUAUAAAUCACUGGUAGCUAACAGGUGUUAAUACAUAUUGCUAAAAGACUGGGCAGCUAAAAAACAGAAAUGCACUGUGUGCCACUGUAAAAACUGGCUUUUUAUUAUUUCUUUUUAUCUUAGCAAGGGAGAUGGUUGUGUUUCAGAAUUUUUUUAAGGUCAAAUGUGUAUGAAUUGCAUGUAAUCCUGGACUUUUCAUUUGAACAUCUUGGUGUCUAAUCAUCUGCAUGGAAGAGACAGUAGUGCCCUGUCUGAGCUUGUUCUCUUGUGCUUGGUUAAUAUGUACUUCUCUGGAUCGUUGAGUUUCCAAAAACAACAUUCCUUUACAUUUGGUUAUUUGGAGGCAUUCAAAGCAAAACAUCAUGGUGGCCCUUUGUUUUCUUACAGAUUUAAAAAAAAACAAAACAAUCAUCUUCGAUUAAAAUUAAUUCGUUAGUGUAAAUACAUUUCUUGCCAAUGAGUAUUAUUGUUAGACAACGAAUGCAAUAAAAAGAGAACUACUGAAA